AGAGCCAGAGUCAGACCUUCAAAACAACCCAGAGUCCCGCAGCAUCUUCCCCUUGGAUCUGCCUUACUCACCACCGUCUCCCUGUUCAGAUCUCUGGGCAACUCCUGGGGCCACAGUCAGCCCCUUCAUCUCACACUAAACCUUCACGGAGCAACCAUGUUGAUUCUUCUGGCUUUCAUUAUUGUGUUUCACAUAACUUCAGCAGCGCUGUUGUUCAUCUCAACCAUUGACAAUGCCUGGUGGGUAGGAAAAGACUUUUCUACAGAUGUCUGGAAAGUCUGUAUCAAUAUCACCAACUGUACAGCCAUUGAUGAAAACAAUUCAGAAUAUCAGUCUGUGCAGGCUGUUCAGGCCACCAUGAUCCUGUCUACUAUUCUGUGUUGUGUUGCAUUUCUGGUGUUCAUUCUUCAACUCUUCCGCCUAAAGCAAGGAGAAAGAUUUGUGUUAACUUCUACUAUCCAGCUGCUGUCAUGUCUCUGUGUGAUGAUUGCAGCCUCCAUUUACACAAAUAGGCAUGAAGAUCUGCACAAGAGUUACGGAUACACGUUUGAUAUUCAUAGUGGCCAAUGUGGAUAUUCCUUCAUCUUAGCCUGGAUUGCAUUUGCUUUUACUCUGAUCAGUGGUAUCAUGUACCUAGUAUUAAGGAAACGUAAAUAAAUGUCAGCAGCUAGUUAUUUCUGUCAUUGCAGUACAGAAGCAGAAUUCCAAUAACCAUUUUGUAUAUAAUCAUUUGUGGUUUUGUAGUAAAGGUAUUGUUUUUCUAAAAAUGUACUGUGUUCUUAGUAUGAAAGAGUAUGGAAAAAAUAAUGCAAGUUUCCUGGAACACUCUUCUAGCUGGGGUCAAGAUUCUGAACAAGCCAAGACCAAAUUAAAUUUCUCUUGUAUGUUUCACAACUUCAAAUGGCUGUCCCUAACCUAGGCAUUAACAAGAGUUUGAUCCUGCCCUCUAAAUGGUUCACACCCUCCAUCUGGAAAAAUUACAGUACAUGCUUAUUACGUUGUUAGCAUUGUGCUGUUAGAAAUCAAGAUGUGUUUGGGGAUAAGUGUGGGGAAAGAAUAAGACACACAGUAUAUCACUUAAAAAAAACAUUAUGGGAGUUCAAAGAUAUACUCAGUGUCUAUCAUAGUAGGGAACCUGCAUUCUUGCUGUUUAUAAAACUCUGCAAUCAUGCUCUACAAGCUUUUAUUAAAACCCUUGCUCUGAAAAAGUAAACCACUCCUUUUUUUUGAAUGCUGGAGUAUGGAUUUUAUUUUCAUAGUGUGUCCAGAGCAUCCUCAAGCAGUACAAAUUGCCCAUCAAUUCAUUACACACUUUGGGUCUGGAAAUGGUUCUGUUCGUACAUGCUGAAGCUAACUUACAAACAAAACAAACCUUAAAUGCUCUUAACUCUACAUUGUGCAUAGUCUUAAUCUACCUUUAAAAUUUGCUUGCCUCUAGUUUAGGCUUUUUUAAAGCCAAUAUGUGCCCCACUGAUAGCACACAUGGGUUUGGAUACACAAGUUAGUAUGAAGUAUUUACUUUACUUCAUGCCAAAUGACAAGGAAAGUGACCUUGCUAAAGUAUUAUUCGGGACUACACAUUAGGAAAGCCUGGCAAAAGAUGUACAGGUGGCAUUUAACUUCUGUUGGGAAUGUUUGAAGGAGCCUAAACACACCUGCUCAACCUCCACAGAUGGGGGUCUUCCUAAGCCAUUUAACCAGGGCCAGCACUACCAUUUAGGCAGCCUAGGCAAUCGCCUAGGGCGCCAGGAUUAUUGAAGGGGUAGCAUUUUGCCAGGGAGGCGGCAGGUAGCUCCAGUGGACCUGCCGCAGGUAUGCCUGUGGAGGGCCCAUUGGUCCACGGCUCCGGUGGAGCUGCCGCAGUCAUGCCUGUGGAUGGUCAGCUGCUCCCAUGGCUCCGGUGGACCUCCCACAGGCAUGCCUGCGGCAGCUCCACCGGACCAACGGACCCUCCGCAGGAAUGCCUGCAGCAGCUCCACUGGAGCCGCAGGAUCAGCUCGGGGGGGGCAGUGAAAUGGCUGUGUGCCUAGGGCGUGAGAAACCCUGGUGCCGGUCCUGCAUUUAACCCUGUUUACUUAAACUUCCUCAAAAUGACUUAAGGAUUUUUUUAUAUGGAAAUAACAGAUAUAAACCUGUACUAGGUUAUUAGACUUAAAUGCUCUCUACUGUAAAUUAUGGAUUUGGUUAAUGGUGAUUUAAAAGUUGGUCAAUCCACCUUCAUAAAAGGUGGUGGUUUUUACUUGUCUAUUGUAGCUUCAGUGUUUAAAGUAGCAUUUUAUAGUUUGGCAUACUUACUCAUGGCCUUUUUAUACCUACCGCAGUUGGACAAACCUUAGGCUUAGAAAAGGAAACCUAGUAGGUUUUGAAUAGGCCUGUAACUAUUACUUUUGAGUCAGAUCAGCUAAUGCAAAGUAGCGUAGCUCUACUGAAGUCUGAACUACACCCUAUAAAUCAGUUAAAUAGAUGACCUACACAGCUUCAGUGAGAACACUUGUUUGAUUACUCACAAGGUAGGAAUGGAUGCAACCCAGUGAAUUAUCUCAAACACAGGAAUUGGUCUUGCUCUGUUUCCCAAAGUGGUGGUAUUUAUGUAUUACUUGCAGGGGGCAGGAAAAAACUACUGGCUUAGAGAACAGGUAGAGUAAGAGAGAAACUAGAUUUAAAGCAGUCCUAGUACUAUGCCUUUUUGUCCUUGUAACAUGACAGUGCUAGUCUCUUAUCUGUGUUAUUUCCCUUCUAAAUGUGUCUGAACUUGUGAAGUUACCAAUUAACACUCCUUUAAUCUGUAAAAUGUUUGUCCCCAAAUCUUCAUUCUGUUAAAGGAAUAAUUGGGUACAAAAAGAUUAGAAUUUGUUCUGUAUAUAAACAGAUGUACUAUAAGGAAAGGGUUAAAGAAGACUUCACCCCAAGAAUCUGAUAUCCUGGCUUACGUUUCAUGUAAUGAACAGUAAAAUGAUCUAAUGAAAUUAUAAAGUAAAUACUUGGACCAAAACUAUGUAACUGACUUAUGGCUAAACAGUCCAAUACUUUUAUACAAAUUCAUACAUUACAGUAUAAAAACUAACAGUGCCACUACCUGGCUACUUGACAGAUGAUACUUCAGUUAUUUACAGUAAAUCAUUUUGCCUGGGUCAUUUUAUAGUUUGAAUAUUAAAUAUGUAAGAUACAGCAUGCAUAUAUGUACAUACAUGUAUACACAAUCAUGCUUUCAUAAUGAAAGCCCUAACACCCUAAAGCAAAUAGAAUAUGCUGGAAGAGUACAUACAGCCAUCUAUAGAUGCUGCCAUAUUUUAGUUAGACCAAUUGUGAAUCUUUUGUACACAAAGAAAAUGCUAAGAAAAGUUUGAUCUUUGUCUUGUGACAGGAAAAACAUAGUUUUAGGAUAGUCUUACCACCUACUCGGCCUUGAAAAUAUUCCAUUUUCUCUGUUUUAUAUACUCUGAAAUUGUACAUGAAAAUAAAGCAGAAACAACUACUGUACUAUAACAGCAAGUUUGAUAUAUUUGAUAGCCCUUACAUUGCCUUAAAGUUCUGGAUCCAUUUAAA